AUGGGCUGCACAUUGGCAGCCAGGUUUAUGAUGGUAUGACCUCAUACUUAAUGGCUUUCACAGCUACACAGUUGAGUGUCUAGUUUGCAGCACAUUUUGCUAAGCAAUAUUGACCUCCCCUGUUGCUGUACAUGAUUCAGAACUAACUUACAGGAUGAAAACAGUCCUACAUGUAAUUACAUGCUACAUUACAACUACAGUACAGGAAGUGCAUCAAGAAUGUUAGAGCCAACAUAUUUGUGCUUUGAAGUGUUUUGUAAUUUGAAUGGUUUGAGUUUGAAUCCAGGGAGAUUGAUGUUUAUUUUAAUAAAUUAAACUUAUCUGUCCCCUUUUUCUCAUUUACAGAGUCAUUAGAUGAGCUCACCACAAUGGUGGUCAAGCUGUUUGGAGAGGUGGAAAACAAGAAUGUACCUAUCCCAGAGUUCCCUGAGCACCCCUUCCAGGAGGAGCACCUCAGGGUGAGCUCCUUAGUUUGCAGACCCACACACACACACCAGAGUUUCUGUUAGCUAGUAAUUGGUGGCUUUUGGCUAUAAAAUAAAUGCAAAGCCGGUAAAUAAAACUGCCAUCCAAAAUGAUCGUUUUUUAUUAAUUAAUGGAAAUACCAAUCGAUAUGUAUACAUUUGACCGUCAUGCUUAUCGUCUAUAGGUUAAUUUGUUUAAUUUAGUGGAAUUCAAUUGGCCUGGGUUUUUUCGUUAGUCAUGUAUUUUAUUUUUUCAACAACUGUCACACAUGCACAGCACCGAUUUUGAAUGAGAUUUCUCCAAUUUCUCAGUUGGUUGCUACUGCAGUAAAACAUGAUUUGAUAAGCCCAUUCAUUGCGCAACAAUUCUAAAUGCAAUCACGUGUUAACAGUUUUGGUGCAUGAUUAAAAAGAGCUAUUUUUAUUUCUCAAAUGGUAAUUGAAGCGCGUCACCCACCACUUUAGGAGCUUUUGAUUCGAAGCAAUCGAACAGCUAUUUUUUUUAUUUAAAGGAGCUAAUGAUCAUUUCUUCUUCUGUGGCUAAUUCAUGCUUUCUGGUGAAGGAUUUUGAAUGAUUUUAUUUAUGUUUAGACUGGAGUAAUUAUAUAGUUUUGACAAAUGUAGUUCCAUUUACAUCCCUACUGGACCCACUGUUAUGGUUUUCACAUCAACUUUCUUUCGUUGUCCAGAAGCCAAAGGCACAAUCCUAGUCAUAUUAGCAACUCAUCCUAGUUGUUGGAUCUUUUAGAUUCCCCCUCUUUCUGAGUUUCUAACAGAGAUUUUCAUCUGUCAUAUAUUGAACCGCUAUCAGGUGCGCUGUUUAGAAUGGUGUUUUCCCAGGUGCACUGUUUAGAAUGGUGUUUUCCUGCAAAUUGCAUUUUGGCAAAUGUUUGAAAAUUAGGUUUUAUUGGCUGCUUCAUUACAUGAGUGGCAUGUUCUGUUGAGAUGCAUUACCAUAAUCUAAAUGUGAUUUCUGUCAUUCUGAGCACCGUGGCCGGUAAAUCUUCCCGGUCACAUUGUCCGGCACCACAUUUUCCUAACGGAAACUCUGACACACACACACACACACAAAUAUACAGUGCAUUCGGAAAGUAUUCAGACCCCUUGACUUUUUACAGCCUUAUUCUAAAAUUGAUUGAAUUGUUUUUUUCCCUCAUCAAUCUAUACACAAUACCCCAUAAUGACAAAGCGAAAACAGGUUUGUAGAAAUGUUUGCAAAUGUAUUAAAAAUAAAAGGCAUACCUUAUUUACAUAAGUAUUCAGACCCUUUGCUAUGAGACUCAAAAUUGAGCUCAGGUGCAUCCUGUUUCCAUUGAUCAUCCUUGAGAUGUUUCUACAACUUGAUUGGAGUUCACCUGUGGUAAAUUCAAUUGAUUGGACAUGAUUUGGAAAGGCCCACACCUGUCUAUAUAAGGUCCCACAGUUGACAGUGCAUGUCAGAGCAAAAACCAAGCCAUAAGGUCGGAGGAAUGGUCCGUAGAGCUCCGAGAUUGUUUCGAGGCACAGAUCUGGGGAAGGGUACCAAAACAAUUCUGCUGCAUUGAAGGUCCCCAAGAACAGUGGCUUCCAUUUUGUUUAAUGGAAGACGUUUGGAACCACCAAUAAUCUUGCUAGAGCUGGCCACCUGGCCAAACUGAGCAAUCGGGGGAGAAGGGAUUUGGUCAGGAUGGUGACCAAGAACCUGAUGGUCACUCUGACAGAGCUCCAGAGUUCCUCUGUGGAGAUGGGAGAACCUUCCAGAAGGACAAACAUCUCUGCAGCACUCCACCAAUCAGGCCUUUAUGGUAGUGGCCAGACGGAAGUCACUCCUCAGUAAAAGGCACAUGACAGCCCGCUUGGAGUUUGCCAAAAGGUACCUAAAGGACUCUCGGACCAUGAGAAACAAGAUUCUCUGGUCUGAUGAAACCUAGAUUGAACUCUUUGGCCUGAAUGCCAAGCGUCACAUCUGGAGGAAACCUGGCACCAUCCCUACAGUGAAGCAUUGUGGUGGCAGCGUCAUACUGUGGGGAUGUUUUUCAGCGGCAGGGACUGGGAGACUAGUCAGGAUCGAGGGAAAGCUGAAUAGAGCAAAGUACACAGAGAUUCUUGAUGAAAACCUGCUCCACAGCUCUCAGGACCUCAGACUGGGGCAAAGGUUCACCUUCCAACAGGAAAACAACCCUAAGCACACAGCCAAUACAAUGCAGGAGUGGGUUCAGGACAAGUCUGAAUGUCCAUGAGUGGCCCAGCCAGAGCCCGGACUUGAACCCGAUUGAACGUAUCUGGGGAGACAUGAAAAUAGCUGUGCGUCGACGCUCCCCAUCCAACCUGACAGAGCUUGAGAGGAUCUGCAGAGAAGAAUGGGAGAAACUCCCCAAAUACAGGUGUACCAAGCUUGUAGCGUCAUACCCAAGAAGACUCGAGGCUGUAAUUGCUGCCAAAGGUGCUUCAACAAAGUACUGGGUAAAGGGUCUGAAUAUUUAUGUAAAUGUGAUAUUUCUGUUAUAAAACGUUUUUUUUGUUGCUAACUAUUCUAAACUUUUUUGCCCUGUCAUUAUGGGGUAUUGUGUGUAGAUUGAUGAGCAGAAAAAAAAACAAUUUAAUCCAUUUUAGAAUAAGACUAAUGUAACAAAGUGGAAAAAGUCAAGGGGUCUGAAUAGUUUCCUAAUGCACUGUAUGGACACACAAUUUAAUACAUACUACCAUUGAACAGUUGUGCAACUGAGAUCCUUUUCAUAAUUCUCAAUUCAAAUAUCUCCUUCCUAAAUUCCCCCCACAGCAAUUCUACAAAGUGGUGCCUAUCAAGGACAUUAGGAACUUGUAUGUGACGUUCCCCAUCCCAGACCUGCAGAAGUAUUACAAGUCCAACCCAGGCCACUACCUGGGCCACCUGAUAGGCCACGAGGGCCCAGGGAGCCUGCUGUCUGAGCUCAAAUCCAAAGGUAGGCCAGAGGACUGUGAUUUAAUCUUAGUUAAGAUUUAGGGCUUGAUGGAAUGGUAGAAAUAUCCUAAAUGCUAUUUUUUUCUAUUUGUGACAGUAAUUAAUCAAAAGUUUAUGCUGACAAUACAUGCUGUAUAUGUGUAGAAUUGUUUAUAUUUGAAUUGACAGUGAUAGUUAUGUCCUUUAUUCUUGUGCAGGCUGGGUGAACACACUGGUCGGAGGCCAGAAAGAGGGAGCUAAAGGCUUCAUGUUCUUCAUCAUCAAUGUGGACCUGACAGAGGAGGGACUCUGUAAGCAUUAGGAUCUCAGGGAUUUUGUGUUCAUGUGUGUGUAUGUGCCCACACCCUCAAGUCAGGAAGGUGUUUGUCUGUGUGUGGGGUUUUGUGUUUCAACCCUGUGAGCUGAAGUGUCAUUUGUCUCUAGUGCACGUGGAUGACAUCAUCUUCCACAUGUUCCAGUAUAUCCAGAAGCUGCGCACUGAGGGGCCUCAGGAGUGGGUCUUCGAGGAGUGCAAGGUGAAUACUGCACUGUGGUACCACUCACUUCUAAUCUGUCUGAGCUCAGUCUACUUACUAUAGAGUCCAUUCUGAAAGUAUUCAGACCCCUUGAUUUUUUUCAAAAUUGUGUUACUUUACAGCCUUAUUCUAAAAUGGAUUAAAUUGGUUUUUUCCUCAUCAAUCUACACACAAUACCCCAUAAUGACAAAGCAAAAACAGGUUUUUAGAAUUUUUUGCAAAUGUAUUAAUAAUAAAAUAAUACGCUUUACUCAGUACUGAAGCACCUUUGGCAGCGAUUACAGCCUUGAGUGUUCUUGGGUAUGACGCUACAAGUUUGGCAUACAUGUAUUUGGGAGUUUUCUCCCAUUCUCUGCAGAUCCUGUCAAGCUCUGUCAGGUUGGAUGGGGUGCGACGCUGUACAGCUAUUUUCAGGUCUCUCCAGAGAUGUUCAAUCGGGUCAAGUCCGGUUCUGGCUGGGCCACUCAAGCACAUUCAAAGACUUGUCCCGAAGCCACUCCUGCAUUGUCUUGGCUGUGUGCUUAGGGUCGUUGUCCUAUUGGAAGGUGAGCCUUCGCCCCAGUCUGAGGUCCUGAGCGCUCUGGAGCAGGUUUUCGUCAAGGAUCUCUCUGUACUUUGCUCCAUUCAUCUUUCCCUCGAUCCUGACUAGUCUCCCAGUCCCUGCUGCUGAAAAACAUCCCCACAGUAUGAUGCUGCCACCACAAUGCUUCACUGUAGGGAUGGUGCCAGGUUUCCUCUAGACGUGACGCUUGGCAUUCAGGCCAAAGAGUUCAAUCUAGGUUUCAUCAGACCAGAGAAUCUUGGUUCUCAUGGUCAGAGUCCUUUAGGUACCUUUUGGCAAACUCCAAGCGGGCUGUCAUGUGCCUUUUACUGAGGGGUGGCUUACGUUUGGCCACUCUACCAUAAAGGCCUGAUUGGUGGAGUGCUGCUGAGAUGGUUUUCCUCCUGGAAGUUUCUCCCAUCUCCACAGAGGAGCUCUGUCAGUGACCAUCGGGUUCUUGGUCACCUCCCUGACCAAGGCCCUUCUCCCCCGAUUUUUCAGUUUGGCCGGGCGGCCAACUCUUGGAAGAGUCUUGGUGGUUCCAAACUUCUUCCAUUUAAUAAUUAUGGAGGCAACUGUGUUCUUGGGGACCUUCAGUGCGGCAGACAUUUUUUGGUACCCUUCCCCAGAUCUGUGCCUCGACACAAUCCUGUCUCUGACAAUUCCUUUGACCUCAUGGCUUGGUUUUUGCUCUGACAUGCACUGUGAACUGUUGGACCUUAUAUAGACAGGUGUGUGCCUUUCCAAAUCAUGUCCAAUCAAUUGAAUUUACCACAGGUGGACUCCAAUCAAGUUGUAAAAACAUCUCAAGGAUGAUCAAUGGAAACAGAAUGCACCUGAGCUCAAUUUCGAGUCUCAUAGCAAAGGGUCUGAAUACUUAUGUAAAUAAGGUAUUUUAUUUAUUUAUACAUUUGCAAAAAUGUCUAAACCUGUUUUUGCUUUGUCAUUAUGGGGGUAUUGUGUGUAGAUUGAGGAUUUGUAAAAAAAAAAAAAAAAAAAACGAAAUUCCAUUUUAGAAUAAGGCUGUGGAAAAAAUCAAGGGGUCUGAAUACUUUCCGAAUGCACUGUAACUGUCUUAGAAGCCAGUGUAUGUGUUGUCAGAAAACAAUCAGUCAUUAACAUUUUAUGUAUAGCCCUUUUUACAAACAAAAUAGUUAGGACCAAGACUGAGAAACCUACUCAAAUAGGCUUUUUGCUGGCCUCAUAGUUAAACUUCUGUUGUAUGUAACAGUACACAUGGAUCAUGUGAAUUGUCUUGUUGCUCAAUUCUCUGUUGUAUGUAAUAAUACUGUAUUUUCAUGUGAUUGACGUGACUUGUCUCUUCUCCUCCGCAGGACUUAAACACUGUGGCCUUCAGGUUCAAGGACAAGGAGCGGCCCCGUGGCUACACCUCCAAAGUGGCUGGAUUACUGCACGUAGGUGGUGUUCUCUCCAUUUCUUAAAAUCGUCUCCACGGUGAUGCACUGCAGUUCCGUGGCUCCGAUUUGAUGAUGACGUUGUCAUCAGAGUGCCUUGUCUGCCAGUCUCCUAUUUUAUGGGAAAAAAGAUGUACAGAUUCAGCCCCAGUCUAAAUUAAACUGACAUUCCUGCUAGUGUUAAACUAUUACUAUGGUUGUAAGGCAGUCGGACCGGGGUAGGAUAUCCACUGUAUUUCUGUCUGUGGUGUUCAUUAUUGUGUGCAUCUUUUUUUUAAAUUAUGCAGAACCCCAGUUCUGUAUUCCUCUACUCCAGUAAAGUGUUCCCCUGCAUGUGUUAGUCAAAGGCCUCCCCCAUUGUUGGCACCUAAACCUGUUUUUUUGUCCUCUGUUUUGCAGUACUACCCUCUGGAGGAGAUCCUAGCAGCAGAGUACCUGCUGGAAGACUUCAGGCCAGACCUGAUAGAGAUGGUCCUGGACAAGCUGAGGCCGGAAUACGUCAGGUCAGUUCCAGCUCUUCACCGGGUCACUAACCCUGUUUGCUCUGCUCUCCUAUAUCAGUUUCACAAUAUAUUGCCCAACUGGAUGAACCAUACUGCUGGCUUGGAUAUACAGUGGAUAUAAAAAGUCUACACACCCCUGUUAAAAUGCCAGGUUUCUGUGAUGUAAAAGAAUGAGACGAAGAUAAAUCAUGUCAGAACUUUUUCCACUGUUAAUGUGACCUAUAAUGUGAACAAUUCAAUUGAAAAACUAACUGAAAUCUUCGAGGGGGAAAAAUGAAAAAUAAAAACCUUACAAUAACCUGGUUGCAUAAGUGUGCACACCCUCUAAUAACUGGGGAUGUGGCUGUGUUCAGAAUUAACCAAUCACAUUCAAACUCAUGUUAAAUAGAAGUCAUUACACACCUGCCAUCAUUUAAAGUGACUCUGAUUAAUCACAAAUAAAGUUCAGCUGUUCUAGUAGGUUUUUCCUGACAUUUUCUUAGUUGCAUCUCAGAGCAAAAGCCAUGGUCCGCAGAGAGCUUCCAAGGCAUCAGAGGGAUCUCAUUGUUGAAAGAUUUCAGUCAGGAGAAGGGUACAAAAUAAUUUCCAACGCAUUACAUAUACCAUGGAACACAGUGAAGACAGUCAUCAUCAAGUGGAGAAAAUAUGGCACAACAGAGACAUUACCAAGAACUGGACGUCCCUCCAAAAUGUAUGAAAAGACGAGAAAACUGGUCAGGGAGGCUUCCAAGAGGCCUACAGCAAAAUUAAAGGAGCUGCAGGAAUUUCUGGCAAGUACUGGCUGUGUGCUACAUGUGACAACAAUCUCCCGUAUUCUUCAUAUGAAUGGGCUAUGGGUUAGGGUGGCAAGACGGAAGCCUUUUCUUACAAAAUAAACAUCCAAGCCCGGCUGAAGUUUGCAAAAACAAACAUCAAGUCCCCCAAAAGCACGUGGGAAAAUGUGUUAUGGUCUGAUGAAACCAAGGUUGAACUUUUUGGCCAUAAUUCCAAAAGGUAUGUUUGGGGCAAAAACAACACUGCACAUCACCCAAAGAACACCAUACCACCAGUGAAGCAUGGUGGUGGCAGCAUCAUGUUUUGGGGCUGUUUUUCUUCAGCUGGAACCGGGGCCUUAGUCAGGGUGGAGGGAAUUAUGAACAGUUCCAAAUACCAGGCAAUUUUGGCACAAAACCUUCAGGCGUCCGUUAGAAAGCUGAAGAUGAAGAGGAAGUUCACCUUUCAGCACGACAACGACCCAAAGCACCCAUCCAAAUCCACAAAAGCAUGGCUUCACCAGAAGAAGAUUAACGUUUUGGAAUGGCCCAGCCGGAGCCCAGACCUGAAUCCAAUUGAACAUCUCUGGGGUGAUCUGAAGUGGGCUGUGCACAGGAGAUGUCCUCGCAAUCUGACAGAUUUGGAGCACUUUUGCAAAGAAGAGUGGGAAAAUAUUGCCACGUCAAGAUGUGCCAUGCUAAUAGACUUCUACCCAAAAAGUGCUGUAAUAAAAUCAAAAGGUGCUUCAACAAAGUAUUAGUUUAAGGGUGUGAAUACUUAUGCAACCAGGUUAUUGUGAGUUUUUUUAUUUUUUAUUUUCCCCCCUCCAAAGAUUUCAGUUUGUUUUUCAAUUGAAUUGUUCAUGUUAUAGGUCACAUUAAAGGUGGAAAAAGUUCUGACAUGAUUUAUCUUUGUCUCAUUCUUUUACAUCACAAAAAUCUGGCAUUUUAACAGGGGUGUGUAGACUUUUUAUUUCCACUGUAUAUAUAUAUUUUAAUUCUUUCCAGCAUAGUUUCAGCAACUGUGGUGGAUGCAAAAUUAGACCCGCGCAGUACAGAUUGGCUCAGCUAGGUCAGUUUGGCUCAGUAGUGUGACAAGGGCACCUGAGAAGAUCAUUUUGAUAAACGUGGUUGUAAUUUCCUUGAAAAAGUGUGCAUCCAGCAACUAUAUAUACCCAGACACAUUACUGAUGUCUCCUAUGUUGCCCUUCUUUUAGAGGACUCUUUCUCCUUUUGAGAUACGCUUUUUUUUUGGACCUAACUUUGAAAAUGCCAGUAUCUUGCUGUGAUGUUUGAAAUAAGUACAUGGGUAACUCUGUGUUUGAGCAGAUGUUGCAGUCCAUGGUUACAAACAUUCAGAUAAUAUGACACUGUUCAGCUGAUGCUGAACAUCAACUGAGUCAACUUGAAUAACAAACAACCAAGGUCAUACAUGUUAUACAAUCAUUAGGCUAGUAGUGGAACCAUUCAGUCAUGUCAUUAACCAUACAAUCAUGUAGGGUAAAUCUAAAUGUGAUCUUACAUUUCCCAUUACACACUGUUUACAGUCAUUCUCAUGGCAGAUUUACCUCAACAUUCACCUAAACUUCCCACUGUUGAAUUAACUGCCAGAAAACUUUCAGAAACGGUUCAAACUAAAACACUGGGGGAGCUCAAUAACACAUUCUGCAGUAUUACUACCACUACAGUCACUGCUUUUCCACUUCAGUCACUACUCAUACUACAGUCCCUACUUCUACCACAGUCACUACUACGAUUCAUUCUACUGAUACCACUAGAAUCAAUGCUACCAUUGCUACAGUCACUACUACUACUACUGCAUUAAAACUACUACAACUUCUUUCACUACCAUUUCAAAUGCUUUUAGACAGCUGAAGCAAGCACACAUUUUCUUCGGGAAAUGUAACUUUUCUAGUUAUCAUAAUAUUGGCUGGCUAUCUGCACCACUUAUCUGUUUUAAUCACAUUGACCCUACAAACUGUAAUUGACUGGAGCCUCCCGAACCUCCUAUCCCCAGUGUUAUUAUACAGUUGAUUGAUUGGUGCAGCAGGGUUAAGAUAACUUUUUUUGUUCUAAAUCCAGCGCAUCUAUCGGAAGGCCAUAUUGCCAAGGUGUAGGUCUUCUAAAUAUAUCCCAUUGAUCACAAGCUGACACAAUGCGUUGAUGAAUCUCCACUGCCUCUGGCAUCCUACAUAUAGAAGACUGGUAUAGAAAAGGCUUUGGGAGGCACUCGAGCUGAUGUCGUAAGGGCAGCUGGAAAUCUAGCCGCAGUUGCUCAGGGAAAAUGGAGUGUGUCUAACUCCUAACCGGUCUGACAAGGGUUUAUAAAUGCUGAUAAUAAUAAAACCUGUUUCUGUUUGUCCUCCACCUGCAGAGUCGCAGUCGUCUCAAAGUCGUUCGAAGGGCAGACGGACAAGACGGAGGAAUGGUAUGGGACGCACUACAAACAGGAGCCCAUAUCUGAAGACAUCCUCAAGGUGAGACUGACACACGUUCCAACUCGACAGCUUUUCCAUUUACUCAUCACCCUGUGGGUGACGCCAAGUGCCUUUCCUUGAUUCCACACGUCCUCUCCUCAUCCUCAAACUGCAAUGUAGGAGAAGAUCAGAUGUUCCUCCCCUCUGACCUUCUCCUUCAGUGCGUUUUCAGUAGAAGGAAAGGAAACGGGGACACAAUUAAAUAGGACAGAUUUGAGAUUCACCCUGACUGGGCGACUUUGUAAAUCAUCAACUGGCAAUGCUUGAAGGAAUCUUCAAUCCAUCUACUUGCUGUCACACAUUCCAACAUAAUCUAAGGUUUAUCAUGCCAUGAGUAAGAAAAUAAAUGGCUUAUGGGUAAGGUGCUGUUGAUCCACAGUCAACACCCCAGUGGUGAAUGAUGUUUAAAGCCACAGAUGUUUGCUCAAGUUCCAAUAGUUUGCUGACUUUUUUCCUAUUCAGUGUAGAAGCAGGGUUAGGGUGGAAAUGUGAGAUGUUUCAUCAAUCGGGAAGUUUUGGAAAAGUCAAUUUGCAGGCAGACUGACACUAGCACUGUGAAUGUUCUCAAUUCACCUUUCUGAAACAAUGCCCAGGGCCACAAACUCCCCUGAGCUUAUGAGGUUCCAAAAGCAGAAAAAGCUGUUAUGGAAGUCUUUAAUACUCCCAAAGCCAACGCUGUACAUUUCAUGAGCUUUUACAGUGGUGUCUUUUUCUCCUAAAGGUUUCUACACAACUAUCUAACUACAGCCAACCCAAUAGUCUAAGAAUUUGUUUUUUUAAAGAAUCUGGACAUUUUUUUAAGGAAUCCGCCUGGUGUGUUUUAGAAUUGAGCGGUAUCCAGAUUUUCAUACCUUUUUAAACCGUCCUUGUGCCAUAUACGGCAUUAACGGCAUAGCUCACAAGGUGGCGCUAUUUGUUUUUUAAACACAAAAAAGUAAUGUAUAUUACCAGAAUGCUAACAAAUGCUAGCAAAGUACUAGUAUACUAGUAUUCCCAUAGCAGAUGCUAGCUAAAUGCUAAUUAACAAAAAUAUAAAUGCAACAAGUAAAGUGUUGGUCCCAUGUUUCAUGAGCUGAAAUAAAAUAUCCCAGAAAUGUUCCAUACGCACAAAAAGCUUAUUUCUCUCGAUUUUGUGCACAAAUUUCUUUACAUCCCUGUUAGUGAGCAUUUCUCCUUUGCCAAGAUAAUCCAUCCACCUGACUGGUGUGGCAUAUCAAGAAGCUGAUUAAACAGCAUGAUCAUUAUACCUAAUAUGAACUGUAACUCAGUAAAAUUGUUGGAAUUGUUGCAUGUUUUGUUUUUAUUUUUUUGUUCAGUAGAAUUAGAAAGACAGACAAUCCAUUUUUGCAAAUAUAUUAAAAAUCAGUAUUCAGGCCCUGCUAUGACACUCAAAAUUGAGCUCAGGUGCAUCCUAUUGCCUUUGAUCAUCCUUGAUGUUUCUACAACUUGAUUGGAUUCCACCUGUGGUAAAUUCAAUUGAUUGGACAUGAUUUGGAAAGGCACACACACCUGUCUAUAUAAGAUCCCACAGUUGACAGUGCAUGUCAGAGCAAAAACCAAGCCAUGAGGUCGAAGGAAUUGUCCGUAGAGCGCCGAGACUCUAAAAAUAAAAAGUGGUUGUCCCACUGGCUAUCAUAAGGUGAAUGCACCAAUUUGUAAGUCGCUCUGGAUAAGAGCGUCUGCUAAAUGACGUAAAUGUAAAUGUCUUAGUAUGCCUCUAUUUCGGGGGGCGGGGGGGAACUUCCUUGACAGAAUAAUUAUUCUCCUUUGACUGCAUUUUCUGCAGUUCUUACUUUUGCCACUAGAGUGCAGUCAGACAAUUUUCUGUGGGUGUGUGCUCCCGAAGUUGACUGUUUUUUUUUCUUGUUAGCUAGCAGUUUUCAACUGUUAGCAGCCAAUGGCUAGCAGUUUCGUACUGAUGAUAAACAGAUGAUUGCAAUUUGAGUCAUUACUAAAAGGAUGAUUGCAAUUUGAGUCAUUACUGAAUUAUUUGAUGUAACAAAUCAAACCUCAAAUAAUUCAUGUUAACCUCGUAAACAAUUCAUUUAGACCCAGCGUUUAUUUGAAACUGGUGUUUAUUUGCUGAAAUGUGUACCGUUGCCCGGCUAUUAAAAGGAACAGGCGGCUAUUUGAGACUGCGUUUAAUUGAAGUUUUAUGGCAUUUCAAAAUACCUGCGUAUACACGGUAUACUGUCGAAGCCUCGUGUGUAAUCCCGUUGGUCGCCACUGGACAUAGUUGCUCAUAGUUGGUCCUGUGUCAUGUAGAAUCUGCCAUGGACAGUUGGUCAGGGGAAAAACUACCCAUUGCAUUAUCUAUAGUUUGUUGGCUAAAGUUGGAUAGGUGUGUAGAAGCCUUUAGUCACCUAUCAAUAAAUUCCAUCCCUAACCUGUUGACUGAGAAAGGAGGACUAGCUAACUCAUCUGUGUGUUUCAGAAAUGGGGAAAAGCUGACUUCAAUGGCAAGUUCAAGCUGCCCAUGAAGAACGAGUUCAUUCCUACCAACUUUGAUAUCUACCCUCUGGAGAAAGACUCUCCCUCCGCCCCAACUCUAAUCAAGGUAAGCCUCGCUCUGGAUAAGAGUGUCUGCUAAAUGACUAAAAUGUAAAAUGGCGGGGUGUUGCAUUAUCAAAGGCAUACAAAUACAAAAAGCUAACAGACCUGAACGCGUAGCUGCAUGUUUCAAGUGUCUGAAUCUGUUCAUAAGCUUUCAUAUGGUAAUGAGGAAAUGGUUACAGGAUUGAGAUAUUCAGUAUUUAGUAGGCCUACUGUUGUUGUUAAGGUGUUCUGAUCGGCGGACGUACGUGGUGGUAAUUACUGCUGACCGAUUGGAGUCUCUUGUGGAAAAACUCUUUUGAGCUAAGCUUCAGUAUUUAAUUUUGGGCUGCUGUUCACCCCAAUAAAGUACAAAGGCAGUAGUAGUUUGAUCUACCUCUCUUCAAAGCAAGUAUGACGAUAUCAGACUGCAGUACCUUUUGCAAGCCCUUUCUUAUCAAUGGCAUCUGCUGCUAAUGCUUAUCUUACCAUGUGUUAUUUUUUCUAGGACACUGCUAUGAGCAAGGUGUGGUUCAAGCAGGAUGACAAGUUUUUCCUACCAAAGGCAUGCCUGAACUUUGAGUUCUUCAGGUUGGUAGACAAACCACACAGCCCCUGUUUAUGAGAUGAUGAUGUGAUAUGUAAUGUGAUUUAAUCUUUUGUCUUGUUUUCCUGAUUUACAACCUAUUGGAGUUAUAGUACUCAAAUACUGCAAUUUGAAAUCAUAUUACGAAGUACCCCAUGGAAACCCACUUGUCCUGCUGAUCCCUAAUUUUGAAUGAAUGCAACACCGUAACUGUUUGUUUUUCAAGGAGAGCAAAUUGGAGCGAGAGUUCUGUGGAGUUGUAGCUACUGUGUCAUUCACCACUGCCAUUUUCUCUACAGCCCGUUUGCGUAUGUGGACCCGAUACAUUGUAACAUGGCCUAUUUGUACCUGGAGCUCCUCAAAGACUCCCUCAACGAGUAUGCAUAUGCAGCCGAGCUAGCAGGCUUGAACUAUGACCUCCAAAAUACCAUCUAUGGGAUGUAUGUAAGUAUCCUAAUUUCCCAUCACCCUCACGCCGCCGCGACCCCAAACCCACCCGUUCCUCCCUCAAUCUGGGCCUUCGUGUCAGCCCUGGCUGCAACAUCCUAAUCAUUUUCCCUUUCCCACUCCUCCCUCUCUCAAAACCACCUCGUUGGAAACGCUAUACUUGAGUUGUCUGUUUCCUGUUCGUGCUGGCACUGUUUGGGUAUGAACGUAAAUCGUCAUUUGGUAAAGUAGUCCCCUGUCAGACAGAGGAACAGUAUUUUUGUAUCAAAACUCUUAUACAAAAGAAUGGGAAAUGGACACCUCAAGACGCUUCCACACUAGAAGUAGUAGUGGCCUUGGCAUUUAGCGACAAAAUACGCCGUCCCUCCUUGGUGGACAGAAUGGCCGGUCGCGAGGCUGCAUAUACAUACUCUUCUUUAUCAGUAUCCUCACCCUGCUCUCUGUCCGUUUUUGACAACCUCAUCCCACCUCCCCUACCCAACACUCAUGUCUUUUCUUUUUGUUUGUCUUUUUUGUUGUUGUUAGUCGCUACCUAUACUCAGACCCCCUGCACUGCAACAUGACCUACCUGUUUCUCAGGUUAUUGAAGGAUGAUUUAAAAGAGUAUACAUAUGCAGCCCGCCUUGCCGGGCUGGUCUAUGGCAUAGCCUCAGGGAUGAAUGCCAUCCUCGUAAGUACAGCGUCCGUCUGUCUGCCCCCCUAAUGGCUAGGGGGACGAGGGAGGGCGCCAGCUUGAGGCUUUGAAUGUGCAGGACUGGCUUUAUCUUUCCCCUCUAUCUACGUCCACUCUUUCUAUGUGUGUUUGUAUGUUAGUCUGUCUGUAGGAAGAUGGGGAGCUACUAGAGCCUCCCCUUCCUAUUAGUGAUGGAAAGUUCAACUCUUUUUACUGACUCAGGUCUUUUCAACUCAUUCAGUGAAAAUAACAAAUCUUUCGACUCAUUUUAUUCAGUAAAACUGCUGGUGAAGGAUUAACUAAAAAUGCAAAAGAAUCAUGAUUCUACAAGCCACUCGUUCACCAUAGGGGGCUUCUUGGAGCUGUCGUUGGUGACAGACUUAUAAAAGUGUGCUUCAAACAAUGUAGAUUUGUUGAUUGCUAGGCAUACAAAUACAAUUAUUUCUUACCUUUUGAAACAAGGUCUAGUUGUGGCCGCAACCGGACUAGAUUGUGAACGACUCUUGGCGGAGUGCAAUUGCUUGACUGCCGCGAGGGAGUAACACAAUAUCGUUCACGAACUGCAGCACCCCUCCAAAGGAUUCGUUUUUGAGUUUGUUCGGCAGAGUCAGGCUGUGUAUGUUUGGUUCUACAAAGCUGUGUCCAUCGAUAAAAAAAUUAUAUAAUCAAUUAUUUUGCAUUAAUUCUUGCACAAUGCGAUCAAUUGACAGUUCUAAAUAUGUAAUUUCCUUCUAUGUUGCCUGCAGCAUGACCUAUUUUCCUGCGCGCACGUAUGAUAGACAGUUGGUGGUGGUGGUUUGGAGCACGUCUCCAGAGCCGCCAGCAGGUCAAACGACCGACUAAAAUGAUCCUGUCUUGAGUCAGUAAAAAGUUGUUCAAAAAGAAAGAAUCGUAUGUGGACUGCACAUCACUACUUCCUAUGUCCUGUCUAUGUACCCACUUGUGGUUUCACUGCAAGGAUGGCCAAAUCUAGUCCUCAAGGCAUGCCGUUUAACUUUAUAUGAAAUUCAAUAUCAACUUUUCAUUUAUCAAAUACUUCUGGUAACAUGGACUAAAUUCAACUGAUCAGGUCUGGAUUAAAAUAUGAACUCUAUCAGCAGACUGCCUGUCUUGAAGGACACAUGUUUGGCCCUGUUGAUUUCACUGAAUCACUCCCAAAACACACCGCAGAUAGAACUUCAUACAUUCUCUCACAUUUUUGUUGUAUUUAUUUUAAUGCAUCUUUAGCAGCCAGUUUGAAACUCAUUGCUGUCUAUCAGCCAGAUAGGAGAACAGUGUCUCCUUCACAAGUCAUAAAGGAAUAAAGCCAAACACUGCUUAUCCUCUGACAAAUGUAUAGGUACUGUAAAUUCUGCUGACUCAUGAUUCCAAUAGCAAGUUCCAGACUGGAGCUGGCAUUGUACGUAUAGCUAAUAGCGUUUGCAAGCUUUAAAAAAAAUUUGCCCUCUAAAGCUAUCUUCAGAGGUUAGGAUUGGAAUUAGGUUUUGGUAUGUGUCUGUAAAAUGGCGAAACGAGAUGCCCAUGUGCUUGUCUUUCACUGCUCCUCUGUAGCUUUGGUUUGUGGUGCUUUGGUUUCGCUCUUUAACUUAAGCAACUAACUAAUUUUACGACUCAUGUUUGUCUAACAUCCAAACUAGGCCCACAUCUGUGAAAUAAUAGCUUAUGUGUGCAGAAUAAAGCACAGUCUUAGUUACGAGAAUAUAUUUUGCUUGCUUGUUAGAACUUAUUCACUACUAUUAUGUGAUAUCAAGGUCAUAAAUAAGAGACUACUUAAGAAUAGGAUUAUACUUUUUAUAUAGGCUAAUCACUCAUGGGUUGAUGCUACAUACUUUUAAUUCUACAUUCCGGCCAAUCACACAUACCUAGCUAACUGUAUGAUAGGGUGUUUUUCCUCCUAUAUUAGCUUUUCCAAGCUUCAGGAGUAAUAGAGUUGAGAAAGCACAAACUGGUUUGGGGCUCGUCAAGGAUAAUGAUGUUGGAAGAGAUUAGAGUUAACUGGUGUUGUUUCUUACACAGCCUGCACACACUUCAUCAGUCUCAUUCACAAUUUGACAAGCACUUCAUAAUAUUUUCACCCAUCAUACUAUUUUCAAUUGAAUCUGGUCUUUACAUAUAGCCUACUAUAUGCAUUUGGAAAGUAUUCUGACCCCUUGACUUUUUCCACAUUUUGUUACGUUACAGCCUUAUUCUAAAAUGGAUUAAAUAGUUUUCCCCCCUCAUCAAUCUACACACAACACCCCAUAAUGACAAAGCAAAAACAGGUUUAUAGAAUUUUUUGCACAUUUAUUAAAUAUAAAAAUUCUGAAAUACCUUAUUUACAUAAGUAUUCAGACCCAUUGCUAUGAGACUCGAAAUUGAGCUCAGGUAAAUCCUGUUUCCAUUGAUCAUCCUUGAGAUGUUUCUACAACUUGAUUGGAGUACACCUGUGGUAAAUUCAAUUGAAUUGACAUGUUUCUGAAAGGCACACACCUGUCUAGAUAAGGUCCCACAGUUGACAAAAAGUUAGAGCAAAAACCAAGCCAUGAGGUCGAAGGAAUUGUGACGAGGCACAGAAAAAAAUGUCUGCAGCAUUGAAGGUCCCCAAGAGCACAGUGGCCUUCAUCAUUCUUAAAUGGAAGACGUUUGGAACCAUCAAGACUCUUCCUAGAGCUGGCCGCCCGGCCACACUGAUCAAUCGGGGGAGAAGGGCCUUGGUCAGGGAGGUGACCAAGAACCACGAGGGUCACUCUGACAGAGCUCCAGAGUUCCUCUUUGGAGAUGGGUGAACAUCCAGAAGGACAACAAUCUCUGCAGCACUCCACCAAUCAGGCCUUUAUGGUAGAGUGGCCAGACGGAAGCCACUCCUCAGUAAAAGGCACAUGACCGCCCGCUUGGAGUUUGCCAAAAGGCACCUAAAGGACUCUCAGACCAUCUCUGGUCUGAUGAAACCAAGAUUGAACUAUUUGGCCUGAAUGCCAACCGUCACAUCUGGAGGAACCCUGGCACCAUCCCUACAGUGAAGCAUGGUGGUGGCAGCAUCAUGCUGUGGGGAUGUUUUUCAGCGGCAGGGACUGGGAGACUAGUCAGGAUCAAGGGAAAGAUGAACGGAGCAAAGUACAGAGAGAUCCUUGAUGAAAACCUGCUCCAGAGUGCUCAGGACCUCACUGUGGCGAAGGUUCACCUUCCAACAGGACAACGACCCUAAGCGCACAGCCAAGACAAGGAUUGGCUUUGGGAGUCUCCUUGAGUAUCCUUGAGUGGUCCAGCCAGAGCCCGCACUUGAACCCGAUCUAACAUCUCUGGAGAGACCUGAAAAUAGCUGUGCAGCGACGCUCCCCAUCCAACCUGACAGAGCUUGAGGGGAUCUGCGUAGAAGAAUGAGAGAAACUCCCCAAAUACAGGUGUGCCAAGCUUGUAGUGUCUGUCGUGGAAUAUUCUAAUCACGUGAGAGAGACUUUGUCAUUUCUUCAAACAAUCAUCUUUAUUCAAUAUCAAUUUAAUUAUUGCAAUAAUGAAGCUGGUCGACCACACACUCCGAAGUGUGUUUUGCCUAGAGCUUAACCUUUACAGAAAAUGCUGGUUCUUAUAUAGCUGACACUAAAAAUGCUUAGUCAUGGCUGGUUCUACCCCUCCCAUGCAGAUCGGGGGCAUCAUAAGCCACUUUGGUUUUAUCUUGUGAUUAUCUGCACCUGGUGUUGUUUUAACCCCAAACCUGGGUUAGUUUCCCAAACACAAGGAUGAACAGGCUAUCUUUAUCUCAGUUACACCCACCAGAUCUUGUCUAUGGAAUGCAUGCUGUAGAUCAAUUGCCAGCUAUCUCUAGUGACCAUAUGCCCAGAUUUAGCUGCAGGGAGCUAGUGUGGAGACCAUAAUAACACAGCAUUAGUAGAACAGAAAUGUCUUACUAUUUGUAUUAAUAUCAAACAAAUCAGGUAAAUACUUAAUUUUUCUCUUACAUUCCCCCAUUUUGAGAUUUUUCUCAACUUCAAAGAAAAUUACACGUUUUAAAAAGACAUUAAAAUAUAGUUUAAGAAAUUCUCAGCAUUUUUCAGCAGUACGAAACAAAUCAUGUUGAUACUGAGCAUACUCCCAUUGGUCAGCAUGGUGGAAGUAACCAUUUCCGUUCCUAUAGCACCAUCUGUAGAAACUAAAAUUAGUGUAUCUUGUUGGACAAUUCAAGGUAAUGACUCCCGGUUUAAGUAAAAUGUAUUCCGUUUAGUGCCUAAUGAACAUGACCCAGGACAAGCAUCAUGAUUCCACUAUUUAUAAGGCAACACCCAUGGACUCUAUGUUCCAUAAGCAUAAACCUGCUAUAGUUCCUAUUAGUAUUAACAUUAUCAUCAAAAAUGUAAUUUGGUAAUGGAUAUAGGUCAAAUAGAUUAGGAUCAGUUUCAUUCUUAGGAUCAGAGUUCAGCCUAUCCAUUCACCAGGGCAUGCUGAGAAUAGUGUCAACAUCUUUAGUACACAACUUCUUUACACAUGUCACGAUCAGCAUAACAACAAUAAAAACAAUCAAUACAUAAUACAUUCAUUGCUUAAGUAUUAAUAUCAAACAAAUCAAGUAAAUACUUAAUUUUUCUCUCACACGUCAUACCCAAGAAGACUCGAGGCUGUAAUCGCUGCCAAAGGUGCUUCAACAAAGUACUGAGUGAAGGGUCUGAAUACUUAUGUAAAUGGUGAUAUUUCAGUUUCUUUUUAUUUAUUUUUAUACAUUUGCUAAAUACCUGUUUUUGCUUUGUCAUUAUGGGGUAUUGUGUGUAGAUUGAUGAGGGGGGAAAUAAACAAUUUAAUCCAUUUUAGAAUAAGGCUGUAACGUAACAAAAUUUGGAAUUUAAUACUUUCCGAAUGCACUGUAUGGGCUAGGCUACAUGAUGCAUGUGAUUUGAAAGUCGGCCCCAAAAAAUGUACGCUCUGUUUCUUGCCUUAGACUGCACACGCUGGGCAUCAUUCACAAGUGGUAAUAUUCUCACCCAUCAGACAACAAUCAAUUUAAUCUUUACAUAUAAUGUAAAUGUGAAAUUAGUAUUGAUUUAGAAUGGGCCGUUAUCAUGCACCUGUCGGGAAUAAGGGCAGGGUAAAAAAACAAACAUGUCAUGCAUUUGUAUAGCGAGAAUGGAGGACGCUUUUCUCACUGUUAAUUUUCAUACCUGUCAGGUAGGCUACUCCGAUUUGUAAAGCGAUGCAAUGUGCUUAAUAUUAGUAAAGUUGAGCAAUAAAUAUAGUAGACCUAGCCGAUAGAAAGCUGAUGGGAUCCUCUUUUUUUUUAUAGAGGCCAUCAAAGCUGUUUCUCGCGCAAUAGAAUAGCCUAUAAAAAUAUAGCGCUUAUACAUGGGCUUAUAGGAACACUCAUUUCAUUCCAUGCAUCAACCUGCUACACAACAGGUGAUCCUGUUCUGCUCAAACUGAAUGCCAGGGCUCUCAUUAAGUGUUUGAUUAGAUUUUCGGAUGGAUUUGCAUUGAUGUCGGAGUGAUUUGAGCGGUCUGUGACAGAUAGCCUAGUGGUUGAUAUUACGUUGAGUGUAGUCAUAAUCUCCUAGACCAGGGGUGUCAAACUCAUGCCAUGGUGGGCCUAGUGUUUUUUUAACUUUCAAUUAAGACCUAGACAAUCAGGUGAGGGUAGUUCCUUACUAAUUAGUGACCUUAAUUCAUCAAUCAAGUACAGUGGGGAAAAAAAGUAUUUAGUCAGCCACCAAUUGUGCAAGGUCUCCCACUUAAAAAGAUGAGAGAGGCCUGUAAUUUUCAUCAUAGGUACACGUCAACUAUGACAGACAAAUUGAGGAAAAAAACCCAGAAAAUCACAUUGUAGGAUUUUUUAUGAAUUUAUUUGCAAAUUAUGGUGGAAAAUAAGUAUUUGGUCACCUACAAACAAGCAAGAUUUCUGGCUCUCACAGACCUGUAACUUCUUCUUUAAGAGGCUCCUCUGUCCUCCACUCGUUACCUGUAUUAAUGGCACCUGUUUGAACUUGUUAUCAGUAUAAAAGACACCUGUCCACAACCUCAAACAGUCACACUCCAAACUCCACUAUGGCCAAGACCAAAGAGCUGUCAAAGGACACCAGAAACAAAAUUGUAGACCUGCACCAGGCUGGGAAGACUGAAUCUGCAAUAGGUAAGCAGCUUGGUUUGAAGAAAUCAACUGUGGGAGCAAUUAUUAGGAAAUGGAAGACAUACAAGACCACUGAUAAUCUCCCUCGAUCUGGGGCUCCACGCAAGAUCUCACCCCGUGGGGUCAAAAUGAUCACAAGAACGGUGAGCAUAAAUCCCAGAACCACACGGGGGGACCUAGUGAAUGACCUGCAGAGAGCUGGGACCAAAGUAACAAAGCCUACCAUUAGUAACACACUACGCCACCAGGGACUCAAAUCCUGCAGUGCAAGACGUGUCCCCCUGCUUAAGCCAGUACAUGUCCAGGCCCGUCUGAAGUUUGCUAGAGUGCAUUUGGAUGAUCCAGAAGAGGAUUGGGAGAAUGUCAUAUGGUCAGAUGAAACCAAAAUAGAACUUUUUGGUAAAAACUCAACUCGUCGUGUUUGGAGGACAAAGAAUGCUGAGUUGCAUCCAAAGAACACCAUACCUACUGUGAAGCAUGGGGGUGGAAACAUCAUGCUUUGGGGCUGUUUUUCUGCAAAGGGACCAGGACGACUGAUCCGUGUAAAGGAAAGAAUGAAUGGGGCCAUGUACCAUGAGAUUUUGAGUGAAAACCUCCUUCCAUCAGCAAGGGCAUUGAAGAUGAAAUGUGGCUGGGUCUUUCAGCAUGACAAUGAUCCCAAACACACCGCCCGGGCAACGAAGGAGUGGCUUCGUAAGAAGCAUUUCAAGGUCCUGGAGUGGCCUAGCCAGUCUCCAGAUCUCAACCCCAUAGAAAAUCUUUGGAGGGAGUUGAAAGUCUGUGUUGCCCAGCGACAGCCCCAAAACAUCACUGCUCUAGAGGAGAUCUGCAUGGAGGAAUGGGCCAAAAUACCAGCAACAGUGUGUGAAAACCUUGUGAAGACUUACAGAAAACGUUUGACCUGUGUCAUUGCCAACAAAGGGUAUAUAACAAAGUAUUGAGAAACUUUUGUUAUUGACCAAAUACUUAUUUUCUACCAUUUGCAAAUAAAUUCAUAAAAAAUCCUACAAUGUGAUUUUCUGGAUUUGUUUCCUCAUUUUGUCUGUCAUAGUUGACGUGUACCUAUGAUGAAAAUUACAGGCCUCUCUCAUCUUUUUAAGUGGGAGAACUUGCACAAUUGGUGGCUGACUAAAUACUUUUUUUCCCCACUGUACAAGGGAGGUGUGAAAACCCGCAUACACUCGGCCCUCCGUGGAAUUAGUUUGACGUGUCAUAGACCGAGGAAGGGGCAGGAAGGGAGGUUUGGGAGAGUGGUCUUAAACACUACUGCCUUUAAUUUCCCUUUAGUUUACUCAUCCACACACACAUUUCACUGUGCUUCCUACAGGUGCUUUGACACUCACAUUAUGCCCACUUGUCACUCUCACCCUCUUCCUUCCAUCUCCUUCCCACAGCUCUCAGUGAAGGGCUACAAUGACAAGCAGCACAUCCUGCUGAAGAAGAUCAUUGAGAAGAUGGCCAACUUUGAGAUUGACGAGAAACGCUUUGACAUCAUCAAGGAAGCGGUAAGCUGAGCCCUCCCACAGUUUAGAACAGUACUGAUAUGACCAUUAUAUCAGAUCAAAUGUUUUUUUACUUUGUGGUUCUGAUAUUGUGUUUGACCCCAUGGCACACCAGAGCUACCCUCAAAUGAGCGGCAGGUAGCCUAGCGGUCUCAGGGAGAGGGAGAUAUGCAAAAAACACAUGAAAUAGGACCAAUAUAAGCACCCACCAAAUUAUUAUUAUGUUUUGUUUGACCCUUGACUGGGCUGAACUUUGACUCCUGGUUGCCCUUGACUCCUCCUCCAGUAUAUGAGGUCACUGAACAACUUCCGGGCAGAGCAACCCCAUCAGCAUGCCAUGUACUACCUGCGUCUGCUGAUGACAGAGGUGGCCUGGACCAAAGACGAGCUCAAGGAGGCUCUGGACGGUGAGCCAUUCUCUUUCCCUCUCUCUCUCUCUCUCUCUCUCUCUCUCUCUCUCUCUCUCUCUCUCUCUCUCUCUCUCUCUCUCUCUCUCUCUCUCUCUCUCGCUCUCGCUCUCGCUCUCGCUCUCGCUCUCUCUCUCUCACACACACACUCCCUAUAUCUCCGCCACUCCCAUUUGAAUGCUGAGCCAGUGUUUGAGCUCCUCUCCUGAGCUGCAGUCAUUUCUCUACGGUGAAAGUCUCACCAGCAGAAGAGGAGCAGAUGUACUGUCUGUAGGUUCAGUACGUUAUGUGCUCUCAAUGGAGCCUCGACAGAUGUCCUGUGCAUCACUUGAGGCUCAGUUCACCUUCUGUCUGGGUACAGUCCAAUAAAACCUGUUCUCAUUGUUACCUCAAAUAAACCCUGUUCCCUUUCUCUGGGUCUCCAGACAUCCUCAGACCCCUGUCCCUGGUUUUUAGACAGGCUACUGCUGUUUGCACCGUUUCCUACUUCCUUUCCCAGUUACCCUGGCUGCUCAUCCAUCACCUUUCGUCACUAACUGAAUGAAUCUGGGUCAGACGAUGUGUGAAUUCAGAUGGACCAACCUACGCAGAGAGGAAGUGUGUGUGCUUGUGUUGUCUGCAUAUCUCCAUGCUCGUGUGACUGUUUCUAGGGUGUGAGUGUACGUACAUUUCUGCCCUAUGUGGUGGCAGGCAGAGCCCACAUGACUGCAAUGCUUUUGAUUCUGUUUUAUCCUGAUUUAUGAUGGCUCUGUAAUUGAUUGCUUCUGUCUUCCAGAUGUCACUCUCCCCCGCCUCAAGGCCUUUAUACCUCAGCUAUUGUCACGGUUACACAUCGAGACCCUUCUUCAUGGCAACAUCACCAAGGAGGUUCGUUUGAUGUUGCAACCUUCGAGUGGACAGACUUUUGUAUUAUUUUGUUUGUUAUAGGCAGUCAGACAAAGACCGUCACACCGCACGCACACACAGACAGACAUUAUAUGUGUAGAAUGUAGAUUUGUUCUAUAACUGCUUAUAAAGUCAGCCCCUCCUCUCCCGUAUAGGUUUUAAGUGGAAUCCUUAUAUCUGUCAUAGAACCGUCACACACCGUCAAUCCCUGAUAAGAUCCUCCGAUCAAAUCACACACUUUAUAUAAUAUCCAAGCUGUCCAUGAACAGUCUCCCUUAUCUCUGGUAAUGAUGCCCAGUGGAGAGUUGUCACAGUCUAGUGGAGAGGGAAUUGGAUGCACCAGCCGGGGCAAUGGUCCACUUCAUCACCAUGGAGAUUCACUGUGCACUGCAGGGCUCCUAUUACCUUAGAUGGAGCUAGUACUGCGUGGACAGAAUAUUGUAGCAGUGUUGUUUCCGAUUCAGUGGAAGGCCAUAUAGAUGGGCAUCUGCUAUUUACCAUAGAACGUGUGAGAGACGAGCGAUGCGAAAGAUUAGAAAGAGGAAUCUUAACCAAUUUUAAAGGUGGAUUAAUAGACUGAUUUAUCAUUCGCACCUCUCACGUUUCUUUUUUUAAAAUUUCUUUCUCCAGUCUGCUCUAGGCAUGAUGCAGAUGGUCGAGGACACGCUUAUGAAUCAAGCCCACACCAAGCCCCUCUUACCAAGCCAGUUGAUUCGCUACAGGGAGGUGCAGGUGCCAGAUGGUAGGUCAAGUUCCCUGUCCAUCACUCCCAUCACCCUCCGGUACCUGCCAGUCAUGCCCAUCCCCAUGGUGACCCUGCUGAAGGUUUCUUACCCAACAGUCUGGCCUACAUCAGGACCUGUGCUCGUGUAACACCUUGGUGUCAGUGACCCUCCAAUGUCCUAGGGGGAAAGGCUCACUUAACAAGGGGAAAUGGACAUCACUGAGAAAUACAAUACAACACACUUUUUUCCUUAACCUCUUACACACACACCCCGCACACUACACAGCACAACAACACACCUGUGCCACACUUUUCCUGAUGACAGGUAACUUGAGCGUAGGGGAGAGGAAAAGCAGGUCUGUCUGGGUCACCUGGAAACAUCCUGUGUCCCGCUGAGGGAUUUUUCAGGCCUGGAUCCAGCCAGACUCCAGUCGGGGACGGAAUCAAGAGUAGGACUGAGGGUUGAAAACACAGAGAAAACUAACCGUGGGACGGAGAACAAUUUAUAGCUUCCCAACACAAAAGUUUUGAACAAGUUUAGAACUUUCAGAAACAUACUUCUACUGCUUACUUCCACUCAUCUUCACCCACACACUUUUUGGAUUCUGAGUGCCAGUGAAGAGCUUUUACUCAGCAAAAGAGUGAUGUUGGCUCAGUCUCUCCUGUCUGGAGACUUGAGUGUCAUCACUGUCCUCUAGCUGAACUCUAUAUAUAACAUUCCUGUAAUACACCUUUUAAAUCUAUCUCUCAGUCCAAACAUGUUCUUUAGUAAUUGCAGAUUUACAGUGAAGCCGGUGAUGAAUCAACCGGCUAGGUCGUUCAGAGGUCGUUGCUUAUUCCUAAAUGCAUUUAGUUAAGCCUCAAUGUUUACCGAGUCACGCAUGCAGCAGUUUACACUUUGCAUUUGGGUUAGCUGUUUGAGGGCCAUGCCUUCUGUAUUACAUGUUUGGUGAAUAUGUUUUUUUGAAGAUUGUGAUGCUGCAGCUACAUUUUCUGUAAGCCCUGGGUCAUGUAUUUAUUAGGCACCAAAGGGACUGAAACUGGGAGCGACUACCUGGACGACUUGUCCAAUAACCAGCACUUGUUUUCCUUUUCUGUUGCAAAACAUUUUCCAUUAUGCCAUAAUGAAUAAGAUGCUACCUGUGCCUUCCAGGUGGCUGGUAUGUGUACCAGCAGAGGAACGAGGUGCACAACAACUGUGGCAUAGAGAUCUACUACCAGACAGACAUGCAGACAACCCACGACAACAUGCUGCUGGAACUCUUCUGUCAGAUCAUCGCUGAGCCCUGCUUCAACACACUGCGCACCAAGGAACAGUUGGGUAAGACCGCGCGCACACACCCCAGUGGAGACCGGUCCAGGUAGGCAGAAUGGACCUCCCUUGGAAAUGUCCAUCGUAAAGUACUUAAACGCAAACUCAAAACCCUGCAGUGAAAAAGGGACAGUAUACGGUGCAUUCUGAAAUUAUUCAGGCCCCUUGACCUUUUCCACAUUUUGUUGCAUUACAGCCGUAUUCUAAAAUGGAUUAAAUCGUUUUUUCCCCUCCCCAAUCUACACACAAUACCCCAUAAUGACAAAGCAAAAACAGUUUUUUUUUGGACAUUUUAGCAAAUGUAUUAAAAAUUAAAAGCAGAAAUACCUUAUUUACAUAAGUAUUCAGAACCUUUGUUAUGAGACUCGAGAUUGAGCUCAGGUGCAUCCUGUUUCCAUUGAUCAUCCUUGAGAUGUUUCUACAACUUGAUUGGAGUCCACCUGUACCCAAAAAUGUCUGCCACAUUGAAGGGCCCCAACAACACAGUGGCCUCCAUCAUUCUUAAAUGGAAGAAGUUUGGACCGAAGCCACUCCUCAGUUAAAGGCACAUGACAGCUCGCUUGGAGUUUGCUAAAAGGUGCCUAAAGGACUCUGACCAUGAGAAACUCUUUGGCCUGAUAGCCAAGCGUCACACUCAUCACCUGGCCAAUACCAUCCCUACAGUGAAGCAUGGUGGUGGCAGCAUCAUGCUGUGGGGAUGUUUUUCAGCAGCAGGGAUUCGGAGACUAGUCAGGAUCGAGGGAAAGAUGAACAGAGCAAAGUACAGAGAGAUCCUUGAUGAAAGGACAAUUGAAACCAUUUUAGAAUAAGGCUGUAUUGUAACAAAAUGUGGAAAAUGUCAAUGGGUCUGAAUACUUUCCGAAUGCGAGACCGUUCUUCCACGAGAAAUGGUGUUGAUGGUGGUGGAAAAUGUUCUCUCAGGUGCCACUCCAGAAUCUCCCUUAAGUGUUCAAUUGGAUUGAGAUCUGGUGACUCUCACUCACACACACACACACACACACACACACUUAUGCUCCUUUGAGACCUCUCUUUCAAAGUCACUGAGAUCUCUUCUAGCCAUGGAAGCCAAAAUAAUGGGUAACUGGGCAUUUUUAUACAUGAUGGGAUGUUAAUUGCUAAAUAAACUGAGGAUCACAGCUGUGUGGAAGCACCUGCUUUCAAUAUACUUUAUAUCCCUCAUUUACUCAAGUGUUUCCUUUACCUGUACAUGCAGUUAUACACCUAUAAACACAUGUUCCUGAAUUUACAGUGCAUUUUUUCCGACUUUUACUCUGCUCUCUCCUCAGGGUACAUAGUGUUUAGCGGUCCGCGGCGCGCUAACGGGGUCCAGGGCCUGCGCUUCAUCAUCCAGUCGGAGAAGGCCCCCCACUACCUGGAGAGCCGGGUAGAGGCCUUCCUAAAAGCCACAGAGAAGUCUGUGGAGGAAAUGAAUGACGAGGCCUUCCAGAAACACAUCCAGGCCCUGGCCAUCCGCCGCCUGGACAAGCCCAAGAAGCUGGCCGCCGAGUGCGCCAAGUACUGGGGGGAGAUCAUCUCCCAGCAGUACAACUUUGACAGAGGUGAGCAUGCGUAGACACUCAAUGAGCAACCACACACCUUUACCUGAGCUGGAGGCCUAAGAGCUUUUUCCAAGUGUUAGCUGUGGGGAGUUUGGUGAGUUAGUGUCGACUAAAUGGAUAUUCCUCCUGACCCUCCUCCUAUUAUAACUGCUAGGAGGCCUUGUUAUAUGAACAGGUGUUUUGAGUGAGAUUAAUUUAUCACGAUAUUGACAUUCUGGAGGAUCCCCGAGGUGAAAGUUGUUGCCACCACGGAACUGCCUGCCGCACAAAUUAGCAUUGAUUAGGCCCCAGAAUAAUCAGCACCCAGAGCACACCUCCACCCAGAGCACACCUCCACCCAGAGCACACCUCCUGAGUGCUGUUAUGGGCUGGAAAUCUGCCCUAAACCCCUGUGCGAUCCAAGUAGAGGGUGAUGAUGACCAUGUUUUCAUUGUUGGAGGGGAAGGAUAGGAGACUGAGGGCCGCAACGGUCUGCACACCAAGGUAAUGAUAGGAAGUGGAGCCUAGUCAAUAGUGGAACAUUGUACAGCCAGGUCAGUGUGGGUGGUGACCCUGUAAAGCUAUUGUGUUGCUCCUUACAGAAGCUUUUUAUAUAGAAGUAAGAGGGUAAGAGAGGAAUUCUUAUUUAAGAGUUAAACUAUUUAUUUCAUGGUAUCCUUCUGGUGAUGAGUAUGUAGGGACUUUGCCACUAGUUCUGUUCUACAUUCAUGCAUACAUACAAAAGUUUCCCCCCCUGUUUAGGUCUAAGCUGAAGUGAUAUCUCAAAUCAUCCUCUGUUAGUCCUAAGUAUUUCCUGUUGUUUUCUAGAUAACAUUGAGGUGGCCUAUCUGAAGACGUUGACUAAAGAAAACAUCAUGCAGUUCUACCGGGUGAGUAGCGCUCUCUCCAUUUGCAUUGCAUACCACUUACGUUUUAGGUAAAGUCAUACUUUCUCACACAAGCAGUUGCCAUGGAGACAUACAAUCUUUUCUAGCUAUUUUUUUCUUUUCUUCACCCCCCUCCCAUUUUGAGAUGUCUGCUGUAUAUAAUUCUUACUCUUUACCAUAGGACUCAAUUGGUGUCUGUAUGUGUGCCCAUGUGCGUGCAACUGGAAGAUGGCACCCUGUUUUAUUUAUUCCCCUCCACCACUCUUAUCCUCCACGUCCUGGUUCUAUUCAUAGCUUUGGAGGGGACACUGACACGGUGCGCUGUGCUCAUGGAAUAACAACAACCAUAAUGAGGGGUUGCGUCACCGCCAGGGUGGUGUGUGUUUCAAGGGGAUAAGGGGACCAAGGAUACAGAGGCAAUGAAAGACUUCCCAUAUUUCUACGUCAGCAGAAGCAGCACAGGCCCCAUGCAGAAUAUUUUAAUUAUGUAAUACAUUUCUAAUGCUGUAUCGGUAGUAAUCACAUCACCAUCUUUUUUUACCACUACCUCCCUCAGUCUAUUUGACUGUGGAAUUCUAUGUUUUGAUGCAGAAUACUGGGAACUUAAUUCAGUGUUUCCCCUUAGGAUAUUUUCAGCAGCGGUGGCAAAGGUAGCUGGGGGUGGGAGGGGGGGGUCUGGGUGUUGCAGUGGGCGUGGCCAAUGGCGCUGUCACUGACCGCACAUUUUAGAGGCCAUCAACUUGGCAACAGAGACUAAAUGUUGCUCUUUUAAAGCUAAUUUUGCCAUUGGGCGGAAAGAGCAAAUUGCCAUUUAAAAAAUAAUUUCCUGCAUAACUAUUCACCCCCCCCAAAGUCAAUACUUUGUAGAGCCACCUUCUGCAGCAAUUACAGCUGCAAGUCUCUUGGGGUAUGACUCUAUAAGCUUGGCACAUCUAGCCACUGGGAUUUUUGCCCAUUCUUCAAGGCAAAACUGCUCCAGCUCCUUCAAGUUGGAUGGGUUCCGCUGGUGUCCAGCAAUCUUUAAGUCAUACCACAGAUUCUCAAUUGGAUUGAGGUCUGGGCUUUGACUAGGCCAUUCCAAGACAUUUAAAUGUUUCCCCUUAAACCACUCAAGUGUUGCUUUAGCAAUAUGCUUAGGGUCAUUGUCCUGCUGGAAGGUGAACCUCUGUCCCAGUCUCAAAUCUCUGGAAGACUGAAACAGGUCUUCCUCAAGAAUUUCCCUGUAUUUAGCGCCAUCCAUCAUUCCUUCAAUUCUGCCGAUGAAAAACAUCCCCACAGCAUGAUGCUGCCACCACCAUGCUUCACUGUGGAGAUGGUGUUUUCGGGGUGAUGAGAGGUGUUGGGUUUGCGCCAGACAUAGCGUUUUCGUUGAUGGCCAAAAAGCUCAAUAUUAGUCUCAUCUGACCAGAGUACCUUCUUCCAUAUGUUUGGGGAGUCUCCCACAUGCCUUUUGGUGAACACCAAACUUGUUUGCUUAUUUUUUUUUAAAGCAAUGGCUUUUUUCUGGCCACUCUUCCAUAAAUCCCAGCUCUGUGGAGUGUACGGCUUAAAGUUGCUCUAUGGACAGAUACUCCAAUCUCCGCUGUGGAGCUUUGCAGCUCCUUCAGGGUUAUCUUUGGUCUCUUUGUUGCCUCUCUGAUUAAUGCCCUCCUUGCCUGGUCUGUGAGUUUUGGUGGGCAGCCCUCUCUUGGCAGGUUUGUUGUGGUGCCAUAUUCUUUCCAUUUUUUUAUAAUGGAUUUAAUGGUGCUCCGUGGGAUGUUCAAAGUUUCAGAUAAUUUUUUAUAACCCAACCCUGAUCUGUACUUCUCCACAAAUUUGUCACUGACCUGUUUGGAGAGCUCCUUGGUCUUCAUGGUGCCGCUUGCUUGCUUGGUGGUUCCCCUUGCUUAGUGGUGUUGCAGACUCUGGGGCCUUUCAGAACAGGUGUAUAUAUACUGAGAUCAUGUGACAGAUCAUGUGACACUUAGAUUGCACACAGGUGGACUUUAUUUAACUAAUUAUGUGACUUCUGAAGGUAAGUGGUUGCACCAGAUCUUAUUUAGGGGCUUCAUAGCAAAGGGGGGUGAAUACAUAUGCACGCACCACUUUUCCAUAAUUGUUUAGAAUUUUUUGAAACAAGUUAUUUUUUUCAUUUCACUUCACCAAUUUGGACUAUUUUUUGUAUGUCCAUUACAUGAAAUCCAAAUAAAAAUCUAUUUAAAUUACAGGUUGUAAUGCAACAAAAUAGGAAAAACGCCAAGGGGGAUGAAUACUUUUGCAAAGCACUGUAACUGAUGCGUGCUACUGAUGCACUGUAGGAAGAUGAUGCGCAAGUGGAGACUGUGCGCUCGUGGCUCUCAUGCCACUGCUCACUCUGCUACAAAUUCUGAUCUUAAAGGGAUAUUGUGAGAUUUUGGGAAUUAAGCCCUUUUUUACUUAGUCAGAUGAGCUCAUAGAUACCAUUGUUAUGUCUGUGUGCAGUUUGAAGGACGUUAUCACAAUGAGCAUGCUAGCUGUUCCCAUAGACUUCGUCAUGGCGCUAAUGCUAGUUAGCAAUUGCGCUAAUGCUAGUUAGCAACAUCCUUCAAACUGCACGCAGCUAUAACAAUGGUAAGGUCCCGUGUAGCUCAGUUGGUAGAGCAUGGCGCUUGCAACGCCAGGGUUGUGAGUUCGAUUCCCACGGGGGGCCAGUAUGAAAAAUGUAUGCACUCACUAACUGUAAGUCGCUCUGGAUAAGAGCGUCUGCUAAAUGACUAAACAUUUAAAUGUAUUCAUGAGUUCAUCUGACUCUGGGUAUGAAAAGUGCUUACUAUCCCUUUAAAAGUGUGUCUCGGCAGAAGUAUUUGUAAAAAAUAAUAAUUCGAUUUUAUUUGUAAAACUAUUUUUGGCAGUGGCAGCAACUAUUUAGCAGCGGCGGGGUGUCGCUGCUGAAUUAAUAUAGGGGAAACACUGUAAUUUAUUUUUCGCAGACAGUGAACUUAAUAAAGGCUUCAGUUAAAUGGUAUGUCUCUUCUCUGUCUCUAUCAAAAUCCUGUCCUUUGUAGGAUCUGUUGGCGGUGGACGCACCCAAGAGGCACAAGGUGUCUGUGCACGUCCUGUCUAGGGAGAUGGACUCCUGUGAGUAUUGUACUAGUGAUGGAGAGUUUUUGGGGUGGAGGAUAUAAAUUCAAUUGGGUUUGUUAGUGUGAAUAUGUUGAUUUUACUGUUUUUAACAGUUGUGUUGAAAUGUCUUUGUCUUUUGUUUAGGCCCCAUCGUGGGAGAGUUCCCUGCCCAGAAUGAUGUCAACCUGGCCCCUGCCCCAUCCCUGCCACAGGUAAUGUGGAUUCACCUUUCUCUGUGUGUGUGUUCCAUUAGCACAGCAGUGUUGGUGUGUAACAUACUGACCUGUCCAUCUCUCUCUGUGCAGCCUACAUUGGUGCAGGACAUGACUGAGUUCAAGAGGAGCCUGCCCCUCUUUCCCCUGGCCAAGCCUCACAUCAACUUCAUGGCUGCCAAACUGUGA